AAAAUUCAAAGUCUCAUCAAACUCAUUCUUCAAGAAAGACUCUCUAUCUCUCUUUUCUCUCUCUCUCUAUGAAGAAGCUCUGCCGGAAAGGAACCGUUCAUCCGUCGCCGUCGCCGGCGAUAAAGACCGACGACCAGUUUCUCUCUCUUCUCCCCGUGGCUAUCCUCUCUCUCGUGGCGGCGCUUUCGGCUGAAGACCGUGAAGUUCUUGCUUACCUCAUCUCAAACUCCGGCGACUCAAAUCGUUUUUCUCACCUCAAGAAAAACAAAACCCACAAAGCAAGCAAAGAAGAUAAUCAUCACUCUCCUCUUUUCGUCUGUGAUUGUUUUAGUUGCUACACGAGUUACUGGGUCAGAUGGGACUCGUCACCGAGUCGCCAACUCAUUCACGAGAUCAUCGAUGCUUUCGAAGAUAGUUUGGAGAUGAAGAAGAGGAAAAAAGAUCGGAGAAAACGAUCGGGAAAAGCUUCUGUACGAGUUGACUCGGUAGGAACGAGUCGACUCAGUGAGUUGGAUUCGAGUUCGGCCGAGUUUGGUGGUGGUGACUCGGGGAAAGAUGGAAAUUGCGGUGGUGAAGAGGCGGAGAAGGAGAAAGGCUCCGUUGGAAAUGUUUUGAGUUUCAUUGGUCAGAAAUUUUUAGGAGUUUGGGGAUAAGGAAAUUUCCAAACAUUUUGGUGGAAAAAAUGAUGAAAUUUACAAAAAGACAAAUAAAUAAACUAUACUAGUUUGU